GUGCCCGAGGGCGGGUGUGAGUGCCAGUCCUGCCAAACCAGAUACAAACGAGUGUGUGUUUAGAAACUACCGACAGCUAAACUUGACAAAGAAAACCCGCGACAAUGAAAUACCCAGAGGACAUUAGAUGAGCAGGUGUGAAGAACACUGAAGUGUGCCUGAAAUGGAAGGGGAACCUAAACUAGAUCUGUGUCACCUGACUGAGGUGGAGCAAACUGUAAUUCUCAAUGUUCUGCUGAGAGAUGCUGAACUACGCUGCAAAGAGGAAGGGAGAGUACGUAAGCUUCAGCAGACGGUGUCAGACCCUGUCCAUCUGCGCUCUCUCUCGGGUGAGUGGUUUCAUGAAGAGCGCGCUAAGAGAUAUCAGAAGGCAGGAGCUGAUGUUGUGCACACCUCCUUACGCCGUAAACGACAUGAAAAAGAUAUACCUCCUUUGACGGAUAUAUUUGUUGAAGAAGGAGGUAAUAACUCUUCUCAAUUACAUGAUCACCGAGAGGAAGAAAAGAGUACAGAGAGAGAAUUGCUGGAACAUAUAAGCAUAAGAGAGGAUGACAACGGCCAGGAAGAGAAGGAAAGCGAAAAAGAUUUAGAAAGUCUCAUUCCUGCGGUAUCGCCUGAACCACAAUCCAGGACAAGACACAUCACAAAGAAGAGCGCAGCAGUAGGAAAUGCUCUUGAAGGAAGUUUUGGAGAGCCAGCAGACAAAGAGAGGAGAGCUUUGCCAAGUGCACCACCAUAUCUGCAGAUGGACUCAGAGGGGGACAUUGACUCUGGCAGCACUGAACUAGACUACACUAGGUUUGGCUCAGUUAGCAGCUUGACCUCUCAUCAUAUGAUGAAUGGCAGUUUGAUGAGCCUGUACAGUGUGGGUGAUUUCGGGGAUGUUGUAGUAUCAGGGCGGAUCCAGUUCUCGUUGCAGUAUGACAUCAAGAAGGAGGAGCUUCACGUGCACAUUAUAUGCUGCCAAGACCUUGCAUCGGCCCGCAAAAAUCGAUCGGACCCAUACGUUAAAGUUUACCUUCUCCCCGACAACACAUCCCGCAGUAAGAGAAAAACUGCAAUGAAGAGAAAAACAUUAAAUCCGGUCUAUGAUGAAACCAUGAAAUACAAAGUGCGCAGACUGGACCUCCAGGCUCGUGUGUUGAGUAUGUCAGUCUGGCACUUGGAGAGAUUGAGGAGAAACCUGUUCCUGGGGGAGGUGGAGGUGAGGCUGGGUCUGUGGGACUGGAGCCAGAGCCAACCAACCUGGCACAACCUGCAACCGAGAGUUCAGUUAAGUCCAGAUGCCAUCAUCAGCAGAGGAACCAUUCUGUUCUCAAUUAAGUUUGUACCUCCGGGUUCAGAGGGAAAUGGUCAUCCACUGACUGGUGAGCUCCAUAUAUGGUUGAGAGAGAUUGUUGGUCUACUUCCCACAAAACGUGGUGCACCCAACACAUUUGUGAAAAGUGUGGUGUUACCAGAUGAAAGCGGCAUCAGUGGCCAGCGAACUCGACUAGUGCGAGGUUCUGUCAGCCCGGUGUUCAACCACACCAUGGUUUAUGACGGGUUUCAGUCCAGUGACCUCAUGCAGGCAUGUGCAGAAAUAACGGUCUGGAAUCCACAUCACUCCGACUGUCUGGGUGGAGUGAGACUCAGCACAGGCUCUGGAAUGAGUUACAGUCAGUCAGUUUGCUGGAUGGAUUCUACUAAAGAUGAGAUCAGUGUGUGGUCAAGAGUAAUGCAGAGCUGCAACAGCUGGGUUGACACCUGUCUGCCUAUCAGAACCAACUUACAGCUCUGCUCUGACUGAACUUUGUUCAACUUAUGGAUAUUCACCAAUGACAUUGGUUGCAAAACAGUCUGAGUAAAGACUGGAAUGCACUGCACUGCAAUACUACUGAUUUUUGACCCGAUUUGCAGUCUGGAUGAGUUGACACAGCCAAAAGUUGGAGCCAGUCUGCAAAUUUUAAGCACUCAGAAUUGACAGAUUUCGUUGUGUGGUGUACACAACAGACUCAGUUUUUAGCUUCAGAUUAGGAUUUCAUCCAGUUGGAGGAUAUCAAACAUGUUUUAUGUUUUAAACUGUGCCAACCCUUAUCUUAUCAUUUCAUCUUCAAAUAUUGUAGCAAUCUGUACAGGACAGAAAUCAGAUUAACCUCCUCUACAUGAAGUUCUAGAAAGGGAAUGGAACUAAUAAUAUAUUGCAUAAUAUUUUUUACAACAUAGUCCUCACACAUUUCUUUGAGUAUGUUGCCAACAUGAUAGUGUUUCUGAGGGAGAAAAAAAAGAGAAUUCAUAAUAAAUAGUUAAAAUAAAUCAAACUGCUCUCUUAGGAGAAUAGUGGCAUUUUCAUAUUUUCUUGUGUCUUGAUAUUUUACUAAAUGUAUCAUUUUCAAUUAACAACUACUUUUUCUUUAAAUUUGUAUUAAUACGUUUUCAAAAAAUGACUUAUCCUGUUCUAAUAUUGUAUGUUCUUUGUCAGAUUAUUCAAUAAAACCAGUUUAUAUAUUAUUUUUUUUUGCUCUGAUUAGGAUGAGUUAAAAAAAAAAAAGACAGCCAUUGUAUAGUUGUAAUAUAGGCGUAUUAUGUAAAAUUGUAUACAUUUGUUUGCUUCUUUAUUAAACUUGGUCUAAAUUUUUCCACAA